UAUCCGGUCCGGGUUUUGACGUUCGCGUAUGAUAAAAGACGAAAGGCCGUCGUCGGCUCGGCUCUGAUCGAAUUAGCAUUUUUUCUCACAAAAGACAAAACUUUAUUGUGAAGUGAAUCGCAGGAACCGUGGAGCGGAAUCCGUAAAAGGUGUUUCCACCGCAACGGGGACGAAAAAAGUGCGUUUUGCAGCCGAAAUCUGGAGAAAUUAUCGGUUAGUAAAAAGUUGCUUCGUUUUGCUGUGCAAAUAAAGAAGUGAGGAAGCAGAAAAAGUACCAGCUAUUAUAGUGGUGUGAGAGGUGAUUGUAUGGUGGAUGUAGUGUCGGGGGGCGGUUUUCCGGCAGUCUUCGUCAGCGAUAUUGAGAGCCUCCUAUUUUUUCUGUUCGUCUCGUUCGCUAGUGCAGGGAAGCGAAAAGUAGGAAAAUUCUGGAAAAUUUAUAUUCUAGUACGCGUGAAGGUUAUUGGUUCGAUUGAGUGAACACUUCGGAAAAGCAAAGAUUUUUCGCCAUCCGAUGAGAUUCUGUGUGCAUCGCUAGUUUUUUUUCUCCAUUUGCUGGUGGUGAAUGUCAGCUCUGGCAGGAACACUUCUAUUCUGGUGGAACCUUGAUUAGUAUGUCGCAGACGGAUUGCUAGGUAUAGUGGAGUAGAAGCAAAUAAAGUGGCCCUCCGUUUACGGAACAGCCGGAAUGAUGUCGCUCGCUACAGCAUUGUGUCAUGGAUCAAUGUAAGACGAUUCUUUCGGCACAUCCAAAAACACUCCACUAAAAUUUCCUGUACGUAUCGGUAAACUACGAUUUCGACUGGCGUAAUAUUCAAAGAGAAGAAGCCGAACGAAUGUUACGAGUUUCUCGAUCUGACCGACGUUGAUGAUUGUGUGAAAACCGCACUGGCAUCCACUCUGUACACACCAGCUUCGGUUGGCGGUAGCAGUGGUGGCAACGGCAUCGAAUACUACACCGGCUUCAAAGGCAGCCGCAAACAAUUUCGAACCCGACGGAGACAGUCGAAUGCAUCCUCGGUGAUGUCCUCCUCCGACGGAUCCGGUGUGUACGAGUACGUCCCGUACGAUUCCCGGCGAUAUCCACCCUAUCCGCAUCUGGUGCCCGCCACCAGCUAUCAAUCCUAUCCUGGCUCACCGGAGUACCACCAUAGUCCCCACUUCCCGUACAGUGUAGCCCCGCUGAUGGACGGUUGUGUCGGUUCGGCAGGAUUAUAUCGCCAUCCUUCGACAGCGACGGUGAAACGCACCGGCAGUGCUAGAUCUACGGAGCAUCACGCCGCCGCCGGAAGAGCAUCGCACUACCAACAGCAGGUGCAGUCUUGGUCACCGGUUGGGGUGGCUACUUCUUACUCUUCCUACGCACUGCCAAACAAUUCUGUGAACGGUAGCCUUGAAACAUCUUACUCCGAAUACGACGACUGCGAAGAGCAACUUAGUUGCUCUACCGGAACUGUCAACUAUCGAGGCGGCAGCGGGAGAAGUUUCGUUCAGACAGCAGUAGAAUCGUUUGGUUCGACAGCCGCGACGACACUAACAACGACAUCGGUGGUGACUACGACGAGCAUGCCUCCACAUACCAAUAAUUCCCAUUAUCAGUCACAGCAACAACAACAGCAAUCACAACAGCAACAACAACAGCCCCAACACCAGUCGCAAGGUCAACAGCAGCCAACACAAGUUCAGUCGGGAAGUCAGCCUUCAAAUGGCCACAAUGUAGCAGGAAGUGCCAACCGAGGUUCUGGUGAGCAGCAAACCAUCGUUGCAGCUCCAUCAGCACAUCAAGCGAUGUAUCCAUCGCAAGGAAUUCCGGCAGGUUACAUGUCCGGUGGACCGCACAGUAAUGCGGUAUAUCCGAUGCAGGUCAUUCCCCAACCACUACCAGGAAACGUGUACGUUAGCAAUUUAACAGCGAAUGUGAAUGUGCACGGUUAUAUGCCGCAUGGAAUGCCAUCUUACAUGGCUGCCGCUGGUACUCCUCCAGGCUCAACCGGAGCCUUUAUUGCCAGCGAAGUGCCUGCUGGGCAUGAAAUACAGGUGUUGGGAUCCCGAGGGGAGGCAGCUCGAGGAGCAAUCAGACGUAAUGGAAGAAGUAGCAGGAUAGGAACCACUCCUCGUCUUCGAGGAGCAUACAUUCCGCACCAUAUUACGCAACAAGCAGUUGUACAGCAGGGCCAACCACACCAACCGCAACCGGUUCAACAGGGACAAACUCAAGUACAGCCACAGGGUAUCCAGCAACAACAGCAGCAGCCAGCGCAAGGUCCAAGCCAGCAACAACCUCAGCAGCCACCUCAGCAACACACACCAGAGCUUAUGCAACACCAGAUGGCAAUGGAACAUCAGCAAAUGAUGAGUCCUGCACAGCCUUACGGAUAUGGUGGUGGGUACUAUUUUCCGCUGCAGUUCUAUCAGCCACAUGUAGGGCAUCCAUCUGCUCAACAUGCGACAGGAGCUCCGAUAUUCCAGGUGCCCAUGUACUCGUCACCUAUGUACGGAUACACGCCAGGUGUUAUGUAUCCUUCGGUGUAUCCACCAGAGUAUGCAGUGUACGUCGAUAAAGGGGAUGAGCAAAACCCUCAACAGCCGCCGGAGGAAGGCGUUAUGCAUCCCGAAAUGUGGCAACCUCCGACAAUGUUGGAAUACAAUCCAGAAUCCGGUGAGUACAUUCCACAUGAGGAUGACGGAGCAAUGAUGCAACCGGUACAACCUACCAUGCAACCCAUGGCGCAUGUACUCGAUCCGAAUGUACCCAACUUCACCAUGCAAAUGGGUCCUCCGACUCCGAUCCAAACAGAAGAGUAUGGUUCUAUAACACCGACUCCAUCAGAGGAGUACAACGUUAUCAACAAUAACGAGAUGAUGUCUCCAGAUGCCAACCUAAUGUCGUCUCCCUCUUCGAAUGCUUCAUCUCAGCAGAACUUGACUCAGAGCGACUUGUACCUUGUGCCACAACAAUCUCAACAAGAACCACAUCCUCAGCAAAUGCUUCCGCAGCAUGUCCAACUUAUUGAAAUAUCCCAAGAAACAGUCAUCCAUCACGACCAACAACAGGCGUUGAUUGAUCACGAUAACAACUAUAUCAUCGAAGAGGCGCAACCUUUGUACACCGAACCAAUGACUCCAUCACCACCACCACCACCACAACAACCUCAACCGCAUCACAUACAUACACAAUCGGAAGCUCCCAUUGAUAACAGUUGCUACAAUCCUGCACCCAUUACUCAGGAUCAAACACCAAUACCGUCGUUGCCUGCACAAAUACCGGAACACACAGAAAUAUUGCCGCAAAGCCAAGUACAGGAACAUGCCCCAGCUCCGAUGACGGUAGCUGCUCCAAUCACUGCACCAAUGCCUACUCCAACUCCAACUCCGGUUACACCUGUAGUAGCACCCUCACCAAUCCCUAUACCAUUACCGAUAACUAUUACCCAUGUUCCUCCACCUCAGCUCAAUAAACCACCUCCACCGAUUCCGAUUGAGUUCUUAAAACUCGACCAGCGACAGAAGGAGCAACUACAGCAACAACAACAGCAGGCACAGUCAAUAAUUAAUGACACCAACAAUAAUCAGAAAAAGAGAACAAAUGAAGUCGCUUCAGUGGCCACUCCUGCGACCGUCAGUGACAAGACUAGUGGCAGUAGCGAUAUGAGUAGCAGUAAACCAGUACCAAACCAGCAAGGCGUUACAAAUAGUAGCAAGAGUCAGAUGACUGCUGAUGAACUAGCGAAACUAACUAGGGCAGUUCAAGAAAAAUUUGUCCUCAAAGACGAUCGUCGCAGCAAUGCUUAUCGAAGCACCUGGUCUUCGCAUAUUCCUGCUACCACCAUUUCGUCAUUUACGUCAUCUACGACCACCGUCGUGCAGCAUAAUACCCAGCAGAAAAAAGCAACCGCAUCGGUUUCUGUGUCGGCAAUUCCAAAUAAGGAGUUCUCUAGUAUCAGCAGCACGAGCAGCAUGUCGGGUCCAACUAAGCCUUACUACAAAAAUACUUCACCCGUUCCGUUCACCACACUUGGAACUACGUCCGCACCUCUGUCGAUGCACAAGCCAUUACUAGUGCCGCAGAAAUCGUUCAGCUCUGUCGAAUCGUCGUCCAUCGUAUCUGGUGGCCCCAUCAUGGAAUCGAAAAAAGUGGAAGCAAUCCCACAUCGUGAGAUGCACAAUACGCCUCUUCCGCCUCCGGGUCCACCACCAUUGCUAUCUGUACCGCCUCCGCAACCUCCCUACACAUCAGGCCCGACCUCUUAUGCGCCUCCUCCGGUAACAACGGCCGCGCCUCCCGCUAUGUCCUGGGCCAGCCUGUUCAACUCGUCCUCCUCGUCAAACUCGGCUACCCCGGCCACCAGUGUCGUACAGCCAGCCGUCAGUGCUGGUCCAGCGCUUCCAACUCCGUCUCCAUUCGCGCCCAGCUUCAUCCCCCACCUGCAGCGCAAUCAGUCUACAUCGUCACCCUCCCAGCCGAUGAGCAUGUCCGGUGGCGCAAGUAGCAUGUCCGGUUCGUCGUUGUCACAACCAACGCUCGAUGCUCAAUCGAAGAAACCCAUCGCUAAGGUGCUCCCUUUUGAUAAAAACAACAGCAGCGGAACCAGCAGCUCCAGCACCGGAAUGUCAUACUCGACUGCCUCUGUCCAGGGUCUUCCAUCUACCGGUGCCGCUUCUAGCUCGGCGGCCAAUCGGGAUAAAAACGUGCAGACAAAGCCGGAACAGUUGGAUGAGAAUACGCUGAAGCUUGGAGAAUUCCUCAGCGCCUAUCAGAUCGAGAACAACAGCAUCAGCAUCCAGCCGCGUGGACUAAUCAACCGGUCCAACUACUGCUACAUCAAUGCCAUCCUCCAAGCCUUGGUGGCUUGCCCACCGUUCUACCACUUGAUGCGUGCGAUUCGUUCGCUCCCGGCAGCCAAAAGCAGCAAACACCCGAAACCGUUCAUCGACGCCAUGACUGCUUUGGUGGCUGAAUUUUCCACUUUAACACCACGCUCGAAGGUACAACGCGAUAAAUCGAAGAAGGAUGAAACUCCAGAAAUCCAUUACGACUCACCCAUCGAACCGGUGGUGAUUCACAAAAUUCUAAGCCUUCUUCGGUCAGAUAUUUUCCAAGUCGAAGGUCGCCAGGAAGAUGCUGAAGAAUUUCUCGGUUGUGUUUUGAAUCGGCUCAACGAUGAAAUGCUAGAGUUGAUGAAGCUUAGCAAAAAUGAAUCCGAGCUGAACGGUAAUGAGGACACAACGAAUGGAGAAGUUCACGGUGACGAUCAGGAUGAUUGGAAGGUCAUCCGUGGCAAUCGGAACAAGGGAACCGUAACCCGUACGACUGAUUUCGGCCGUUCGCCGAUCAGUGACAUCUUCGGUGGAAAACUACGAUCACGUGUGCACCGUGAGGGCGAUCACGCGACUGACAACAUUCAGCCAUUCUUCACACUGCAGCUCGAUAUUGAGAAAGCCGCCUCGGUGAAGGACGCCCUCGAUCUUCUCGUCGGAAAGGAUCAACUGGAAGGCGUAACCUGCUCGAAGACCAAGCAGGAAAUUGCUGCCUGGCAGCAGGUUACUCUUGAAGAACUGCCGAUCGUGAUGAUUCUGCACCUCAAGUGCUUCGACUACAAGUUGGACGGUUGCACCAAGAUCCUGAAGACGCUGGAGUUCCCAAUCGAGCUCAAGAUUGAUUCAAAACUCAUGUCAUCGAAGGGUAAAACUUACACCGCAAAGCAAAAGCAGUACAAACUAUUCGCGGUGGUGUACCACGACGGGAAGGAGGCCUCCAAGGGGCACUAUAUAACGGACGUGUUCCAUGCCGGUUACGGCAGUUGGAUACGCUACGACGACAGUACGGUCAAAGCGGUUCCGGAGUUCAACGUGUUGCACCCGAAAGCACCACGUGUGCCGUAUCUUUUAUAUUACAGGCGACUUGAUACACACUACCAUGGUGGCGGUGGUAGCAGCGGUAGUGGCAGUACAAGCAGCAGCGGCACUGUUCCUACGAGCGGUAACACUGCAGUCGGAACGCCCGGCUACGGGGGUGGAAAUAAUGGUAACAAUAGUAGCAACAGCAGCAACAAUAAUAACAGCAGCAGCAGCUUAACCAGCAAUUAUAGUUCUAGUGGUAAUAGCUAUAAUAGUGCAAAUAGUGGCUACGGUGGCAGUAGUGCGAAGUAGAGCUAUAGAGUACUGUGAAACUAUUCUCCGUUCGAACGGAAGAAGAAGAAGCAGCGUGGUUGAACGACGCGCGAAGCCAACGAAAAAAGACGUUUUUAUCUAAUUGUAAGUUUGUGAGUGUGUAUGGCCGCGAUUGAUUUGCGUUUUUAUGCACAAUUUUGUAUCGUUGUGUCACAUGUUUUAUUAGGAGAGAUUUGUGUGUGUGACACGUUGAUAGCGUCGCGAUAUAAUCGUGAAACGUCAACGAAAAAAAAACUGCAUCCAACAUUAGAAAUUAGUAUAGCAAGCAACAGGUUACAUCAAAGAGGCGAAGAAAAAUUGUUAUUGUAAUUCACGUAAUCACGUUUUUCAGUUUGUUAUUCAUUUUACUAGGCUUGGAUUUAUACCAAUAAUCAACAGUUUUGUUUGGGUUUCUCUUGGAAGAGUAUCUUUAUAUCUUAGCGAUAACGUAUGUAUCUAUUAUCUGCUCUAAUACUGCAAUGGAAAUACUUUUCUUAAACGGAACAUAGUGUUAGUCCAUAAAAUCUAUUCUUUCUUAUCUUUAUUUUUUGUUAAUCAUAGUAUCGAUUAUUUUCAUAUAACUAGUAUACGUUUUAGGUAGAUUAAAAUUAAAGUUUUUUAGAAAUUGCCAUGCAGCCACAAGCGGCGGUAAAAUGUUGUCCAGCGCCAUAGGUGUGUCAAGAAUGGGUGAUAAUGCCACUCGAUUCCAUCUCUUUCGUCGCAUACUUAUGGCGUUGGACAUUGAUACCAAGAGCAACAACGAGUGUUGUUUAACUUUAUUUACUACUCAAUUAAACUAUUGUUACGUUAGUCACCUAACUACCCAUUUAAUACGUAAGCUUGUGAGAAUCGACUAAGAAUAAAGAAAAGCGAAUGUAGAGUAGAAAACAACCCUUGUGGAUAUGAAAAACAAUCCUUAUUCUGAUUAUAACGGCUAUUAAACCGAAUCGUAGCUAGAUAUAUCCUGAUUUUGAUCUCGUCUUUUGAUGAUGGCACAGAUCACGAGUGUAAAUAGCGAGUUAUUCACAUAAAUACUGCAACAAAAAGUCUGUAUAUAGGAGAUAGCGUUUGAGUAAUGUGUUUAUAGAUGGCAAAAUGGUAUGCGAUAAGUGAUGAAGAUAAAUAUUGAUUAUAUGAUAUGUUCAUUCAACAAUUAUUUCAAGAUAGGAGAAGCACAUGCAGGCAAUUACAAAAAAAGAAUGUGGAAAAUAGACUACUAAAGCGAUAACUUCAUAUUUUAAUGUUAAAGGUGAAACCAAGCCGAGUAAUUUAUCUUUUUGCUAUGGGAUAGACUAGAAGUGUAAUCAUUUAAGUUGUAUUUAUCCAAUCUUUUCCAUUUAUUUCACGAAUAAACAUCAACCAUGCACUUACUCACACACACACAGCCAAUGGCAGAGUUGAUGUGUGUAACAGGGUCAAACAGAAUGCUGCGUCACUAACGUAGCGUCCAAGAUCGGUUUGAAAAGUAUGCCAAAUCAUGGAUCGGAUCUAACGCUGUGUCAGAGACGAAGCAUUCUGUUUAACCCUUAACACACCUUUACAGAAAGUUAUCAUGAAAUGAAAAUGUGUGGCAAAAUUGAAACCGAUGUCUGUACUAACUAUAUAGAGUUUAACGUGUCUGUAGGGUGUUGUACUGCAUAGUCAUUUAGGUCUAUAGAGCGUUGCGUCGUACUGCGCGAAAAAAAAUACACUUACAUUAAUAUAUAUCCGAUACGAUAGAAUGAAUGUUUUUUUGCCGAUGUGGGACUGAUAGAGAUUAAAGAAGAAACGAUCAACCGAGUGGAAGUUGUUUUUGAAGUGGUCUCAGAACACUUUUGAAUUGGUCAAAAAUGGACACAACACAAAAGUUUAGAAAUUUCAAUAACUUGCGAAAGAUUUCUCGUAAAGGUUGCUUGACGUUGGUGCUCAAGUUUAAUUUAACAUUUCUGAUUUGCUGGAUUAUUCCUAAUACUCCAGACAUGAUGCGCAGGGAAGUCGUUCGACUUUUUUUUGUUAUUUUCCUUUACCAAGCAGUGGAUAUUGCCUUUUCUUCGGCUCGGUGUAUCAGCUCAGUUUAGUCUUGCCUUGUAAGGAGUAUUGAUUGUAGAAUUAUUUCACAACUUUUUGGAACGAAAAUGAUUUCUAUUUGGUAUAAAGAUAAUCAGUCGUAUUCUGUAUUACGACGGAUUAAUAAAUUGUCAGAUUUAGCCUUCAGUCUCCGGUUUCAGUGUGGUACCGAUCAUCGACGAGAUAGGAAAUUCCAAAUUUGAAAGCAUUUUGUCCAGAUUAUUAUCCUCAUUCCAUAAUGCAACUCAUUUUCAAGUGAAUCUCAUAAUAAAGGUGAUAAAAAUCGCCAUAAAUGCUGCAUAUUUCGCCCGAUUUCAAUUGGUUUAAAACGCGGGUAUAUCAAAUCAUAUCCUAUAAUGCCCAAUGUCUGGUGGUACUAAUAGUCCAAGCCAAAAGGCCACAGGCUAUCAGCAGAAUCACGAAGCGAAAAGAGACCACUCGAAUUCCAUCCAACCGGUUGACCCAGGCGAUUGGACAAGCAGUUUACUAAACCGCUAGGGCUGUGUAUAACAUUAAUCAACAGUGUAAGGCUAAAGUAAGCCUCUAAUUUUAAACCAUAAUAAACUAGCGCUAACGUAAGAAACAAAAAAAAAUAGUAAGAGAGUAAAAAAACGAAGCGACAGCAUACGAUCAUGUCACUAAAAAAAACAACAAAAAGCUUAUAACAUUUAAAAAACAGCGUUAAAUCACAGUGAAUGAGAGAGAUAAACAACCAGCACCCGCAUUCUGCGUUACGACGCGUCACUUUUCCGAUCGCCCCACCGAUAGCGCAGAGUGCGGGUACAUCGUACAUCUAACAAAUAUCUGUCACGCAGUAUACUAGCCAAAUAAUGUUAAUUCCUUAGGGAAAAUAAAAAAAAAAAAAAAACAAAUAACAGAACGCCAACCCAACAGUAACCCUUCAGUCCGAAACAAAACGAACAGAAAAAAACACCUGCUAAAUGAUAAACAGCAAUUUUGUUGAAGUAGAUCUUUUUCUAUUAGAUUAUAGCCGGAAAAAUGCUGCUCUUACUAGCAGAGUUGUGUAGUAGUACGUAUCAACUCUAGGGAUUAUUGUUGUUCAUGCGCCGAAGUAAAAGAUCACACAAAGCCAAGGAAUGCGAAUUGGUACGUUCAGUAGAUAAGUGCACUUAUUAAUAAUAAUUAAAAGUGGUUUAUGCGGAAAAUCAAGCGGCAAACGGCAUUCAUAUGAAGCAAACAAAACAACAGCUAUAAGUGUGAUUAGUACCCAAAAUUAACCGAACAGUUCAUCUUAUCUGGUGACAUGGAACAUGCUAUGCUUAGAAAUUAUUUUCAUUUAUUUAUUAGGCUGCUUUCUAAUCGAAUUAUUCAAACACUGGAUAUCGGACUUGUGAAUGAAGGAAAAAGUACUGAGAGUGAUUAAAUUUUAUGAUUUUUUUUAAUAACCAUUACUAUACAUAUUAUCAUAACUUAUUAGAAUAGAAAUUGAUCAGCAUGUUACAUUCAGUUUAUCUAUUCAUUACAAAGUAUAGAGUUAAAGCUCUCCUGGUUCAAUCGCGAGUUGAAGAUUUAAGUUCUUAUUGUUUUCAAAAUUACAUAAACAUUUAGACCAAAAAGAAAAUGGGAAGGUAGUGCACAGACGUAAGAGAAAUAAUAGUCACCUGAAAAUCUACACGAAUCGAUGACAGUUUAAUCAAACAAAACACCCGGCAGUUUGUUGCAAACGAGUAAAUCGACGGUAAAAGUGGAUAAAUAAGGAAUAAAUCAUAGAAUAUUUAAUACAGAA